AUGAGAUUCGCAAAUGCUUCUUCAAUCGAGAUGUCGCAGACGCAGGAAUCAGCAAUUCGCGGCGCUGAAUCCGAUGUCAUGGGUCUUCUCCUUAGGGAACGAAUCGUCUUCCUCGGUAGCAGUAUCGACGAUUUCGUUGCGGAUGCUAUCAUGAGUCAGUUGCUGCUUUUAGAUGCUAAGGAUCCUAAGAAAGACAUCAAACUCUUUAUCAAUUCUCCUGGUGGUUCCCUCAGUGCAACCAUGGCUAUAUACGACGUGGUUCAACUUGUGAGAGCUGAUGUUUCGACGAUUGCUCUUGGCAUUGCUGCAUCAACAGCUUCGAUAAUUCUUGGUGCAGGAACUAAAGGGAAGCGCUUUGCUAUGCCCAACACGAGGAUAAUGAUUCACCAACCUCUUGGAGGUGCGAGCGGUCAAGCUAUAGAUGUUGAGAUUCAAGCUAAAGAAGUUAUGCAUAACAAGAACAAUGUCACUAGCAUUAUCGCUGGAUGUACUAGCCGUUCGUUUGAGCAGGUCCUGAAAGAUAUUGAUAGAGACCGGUACAUGUCUCCGAUUGAAGCGGUUGAGUAUGGGUUAAUUGAUGGAGUUAUCGAUGGAGACAGCAUUAUUCCUCUGGAACCUGUUCCUGAUAGAGUGAAACCGAGAGUGAACUAUGAAGAGAUUAGCAAGGAUCCGAUGAAAUUCUUGACUCCGGAGAUACCUGAUGAUGAGAUUUACUAA